CACCCCAACCCUGCUGCUUCGCUGCAGCCACCCAAAGCCAGCGGCGCUUUGCGGGUGCGGGCAUGGAGCUGACAGCACCCGCACCCCCCCCGCUGCCGAGUUUUGGGUGCGUCCCCCCCAUUUUCUCACCCUUUACCCCCCCCAGCUCAGGUUUGGUGGGAGGCUGGUGCUGGGGGGGGCGCGGAUCGCAGCCCCGGCGGGGUGAAGCCGCAGGGUUGGGCCUGCGGGAGCAGCCCCGAGCCGCGCCGGGCCGUACCGAGCCGCGCCGCCCCGGCCCCGCCCCGCCCGUCCCCGCCAUGGCGGCGGCGUUCACCGCCCUCCGCGUCCUGCUCGGGCUCUUCUUCCUGCUGGCGGGUGCCGUGAAGCUCUCGGAGCUGCUCUCGGCCGAGCUGCACCGGCACAUGAGCUCCCAGUUCGUGCGGUUCGCCGACGUGUUCCCGCUGAAGGAGCUGGGCUUCGCGCCGGAGCCGGGCCGGUACCUGGCGGCGGUGGGCUGGGUGGAGGCGGUGGCCGGGCUGCUGCUGGCCUUCGGGCCCCAGCUCCUGCAGGAGAUCAGCAACUUCAUCCUCAGCGUCGUCAUGAUCGGUGCCAUCUACACGCUGCUGGUGCUGCGGGAGCCCCUGGCCAUGUGUGCCCCGGCCACCCUCUGCCUCGGCCUGCUCCUGCUGCUCAACAUCCGCGGGCACGCGGACCCCCCCAAGCCCAAGUUCGAGUGAUGGGAGGCGGGAAGCGGUGCCCUUAUGGUGUCUUGGGGGACAGCAUCACACCCUGCAACGUAACCUGCUGCUGCGGCGCCGUGUGUCCUCUCCUGCUGCUGCCAAGGCCCUGGCACUGGGUGUCCCACGCUGCGGGGCUGGGGCUGAUGCUGUUCCAGCAGCUCCAUUGUUAAGCUCGCACAAGGUGUCCAGCUCUUCCCGGUGUUUGGCUGCACCGAGCUGGGGCUGGCGCUGCUCUCCGGGGGGGGGGGCUUUCAUAUUUUGGAAUAAAGCCUCGUUUUUCAUG